CAAGUGUUGUCACUGUCAUCAGUGUUCUGUCAAGUGUCAAUGUUAAUUUCUAUGUUUAGUGCUGUUGUUUAGGAUUAGCAUCAAAAAAAGGAUUAUUUUCCUCAUUUCUUAUCAAGCAAAGCGCGCCGGCUCGUGGGGCAGACGUGUUCAUCUUCCAUAGAGAACUCCGGUAUAUCACCAUUUAAAAGAGGAUUACUAUAAUGUCUGGCGAAGGCUCCAGUAUUGUGAAUGAUAAUAGGAAAGUGGCUCUGAUAACCGGCAUAACAGGGCAGGAUGGUUCAUACCUAGCCGAGUUCCUGAUAGACAAAGGGUAUGAAGUCCACGGCGUGCUCCGUCGAUCGUCGUCGUUCAACACGGGCCGCAUACAGCAUUUGUACGGACAACCCGCGUGCCACACGGGUGGGCGAAUGCAUUUACAUUAUGGAGAUCUCACUGAUACAACGUGUUUAAUCCGCAUUAUUACUAAGAUUCGUCCCAAAGAGAUUUACAAUUUAGGAGCUCAGUCCCACGUGAAAGUUUCCUUCGAGUUAAGCGAGUACACAGCCCAAGUGGAUGCCCUGGGUACCCUGAGGCUGUUGGAAGCGGUCAGGGCAGCUGGCAUGGAGAAGGAAGCUAAGAUCUACCAGGCUUCUACCUCAGAACUGUAUGGAAAAGUGGUGGAAGUGCCUCAGAAUGAGAAGACGCCUUUUUAUCCGAGGUCGCCUUAUGCUUGUGCAAAACUCUACGGCUAUUGGAUAGUAGUGAACUACAGGGAAGCAUACGGCAUGUUCGCGUGUAACGGCCUCCUCUUCAACCACGAGAGCCCCCGCCGAGGCGAGAACUUUGUCACCAGAAAGAUUACCAGGGGCGUCGCCAAGAUAACCCUGGGCUUGAUGGAGUACCUCGAGCUUGGUAACCUGGAUAGCAAAAGAGAUUGGGGACACGCUAAGGAUUAUAUUGAGGCCAUGUGGCUGAUGCUGCAACAAGAAGAACCAGAAGACUUCGUAGUGGCCACUGGAGAAGCGCACAGUGUCCGCGAGUUCGUAGAGAAGGCGUUCUCUUGUGUCGGACGCCGGGUGUCGUGGCGCGGUACCGGCGACGCGGAGACGGGGCACGAUGCUGACUCCGGGCAACUGCUCGUCAAGAUUAAUCCGAAGUACUUUAGGCCUACUGAAGUGGACCUGCUUCUGGGUGACCCAUCCAAAGCCAAGCAGAAGCUAGGCUGGGUGCCUCGAGUGUCCUUCGACCAGCUAGUCAAAGAUAUGGUGGAAGCCGACCUUGAGCUGAUGAAGAGGAAUCCGGAGGCGUAGGCUAAUAGGAUCAAUGCAAUUCUUCCACUAGAAACGAGCAUUUGAAGCGCGUGUGAUUUCAAAUAAGAAGACUGUUGCUAGACGUGCGAUCUCCAACUAUCACAAUUAGAACUAUUGUAUAAAGGGCAGUACAUUGUGCCUUUUCGAAGUUAUCUAGCAUUUGUUACAAGGAAAUAGCUUAGAAACUUUUUUUUUCAGUCGGUAAAUGCCCGUGGAUGUUUUUGCGUCCAAUUUCUUGGAUUGACGCUUGAAUGGUUAUUGGGUCAACUUUACAGCAACAUCUGUACUCGCAUUUGAGAAGGCACUUAACUCAAGGUAAACUAUCUUAUAUAUAUACAGAUAUACAGUCAUGGACACAUAAUUAAAGACACUGUUGGAAUCUUAAAUUGCUGCCGCAUUUCAUCUGCAUUUCUUUUUUCUGAUUGCUACUGGAACUUUAUUUUCUAUUUUAAAAUAUUUAAGAGGGCAUUGUGAAAUAUUAAAACUAAAGACUAUCUUCAGUGAUCCUUCGCGACAAGUUUUUUUUCGCUUUAUCCGAAUCUCGAGCGGUAUGAACCAUAACGUGGCCUGGCCAUAUAAUUAAAGACACUAUUUGCUCAGAGGAAGAAAUGCAAAUUAUUAAUAUUAUUGAUGAUAUUUUUCUAUAACAACAUUCCCUACACUGUAACUAAGCAUACUAAUGAAUACUAAUAUUUUUUUUUUAGGUUUAUUUCCUUUUACCUCAAUGACAGCACGACAUCCCUAAGCGUGCAAGCGGUCAGUUUUGUUUUAAGUCGCUACGGGAAUUUUCUUCCAUGCUUCAUAAAAAUCUGUGUAAAAUUGAUCAAUGUUUCAUGUAUGACUUAUCGCCAUUGUGUUUUCUGGCCGAUCACCAGUUUUUUUUUCUAUUAAAUUUGCGAUGGGCCUAACCACAACCGUCAUAAGUUGCUCGAUCAAAGAGUCCUUUUUACUACUCUUACAGUGUUUUUCAGAACUUUUCUAAUUUGGAAAGCGCUAAGGACCGGUAAAUUACGCUUAGCAUAUAACAAGAUGCUAUUUCUAAAAUAUUAUAGUACUUGAAUUCGCCUAUUUUUAAUAAUAUCUUUCUAAAAGAUCACCACACCAAGUAGUGAAGAGAAGCCCCAAUACUAUUACUUUUUCGCCUCCUAUGUUUGAGAACUUUCUUAGUGUAUUUUGGUUCUAUCUCAUGUUUUGGAGGCGACUAAUUUCGAUACAUUAUUUUAGGAUUAUUCGUAUCCCUUUGUUUAAUGAGAAAAAAAAAUACAUUUUUGAACACUUGUUAACUGCACCUUUCACAUUUGAUAGAAAUACCCAACUACAGUAUGGACACGCGGUGCUUUUCCAAAAGUAACAUUUUCCGAUACCCAUGCCUUACAGCUUUUCCCGACCCGGUUGUAGUCUAAAAGUUCUGCAGACACAAUUGUCGUCCUUUUAGCAUCAGAUGACUUCCAAAAAAACCAGUACCGAAUCAUGUAAAUGGUUCACUAUUUGCCUAUAGCACCGCCUUAAAGUCUGUUUGCGGACAAGUUUUCCUUGGGGUCGGUUUCGAGUUGUUCUCAAACCCUGCCUUUUUUAGUGCCAUUGAUAAGAAAUCUUUAAUAAUAAAUUUAUUACCAUGUCCUUACUAUAGAUCAAGUGGUAUGAAUAAAUCCGUAUGUCAAAAUAUAAUAUUAAUAAGCCUAAAACAUUUUACUUACCAGAAUUUUUGUUCUAGUCUUAUUGAUAGGACUAAAAUGAAAUUUUUUAACGAAAUAAACCUAAAUUAUUACCUAAUUCGAGUUUUCAUAAGUAUUUUACUCACUUCUAAAAAAAAGUAUGGCAACUAUUUGUAUCUUUCGUUUUUUUUUCUUAACUGGGCUUUAACUGUCUUUAAUUAGCUGACCAGCCAAGUAUCAGCUACAAAAGUUAGUGUUCAUUUCCCAUAGAGCUUUAUAUCUAAAGUAUAAAAGAAAGAAAAUAUUUUUUGUCCUUAAUUUAAAGAACACAAUUGUAAUGUUUGUUUUAAUAAUUAUUACACUACAGUUUAUACCGUGCUUAACCUCAUGUCAGUACCAUAACUAUUUAUUUCACUUCGAGUCGGGGGGUGUCUUUAAUUAUGUGUCCAUGACUGUAUAUAAAACAAAUAAACUACUAUACUUACUGCUUACUAAAAUCAUUAUUUGUUAUUAUAGUGUUUAAUUUCUGCACCAUACUCGCAAAACCAACAGUUACAUUGAUUGAAUCAAUAUUACUUUCAAACCGAGUUUUUAAAUGAAAUUGACAUCAAGGUAGUUUACUUUAAGUUAAGUGCCUAUUUAAACGGACGAUAAUUUGAGUGUACCAAAAAUUACACUAGAAUGCUAUUGUGAUAAUUUAAGAUACAUUCUACCUCUGUCCUGUUUUCUUAUAUUCAGUCAUUUCUAUAGAAAUUUACAUUCGCUUUUACGCAUUUAUUAAAUAAAGUAACAUUAAAAAAUGUUCCUAAAAUUGGGUCAGCAUUUACCCCUUUUUAUGUAUGUGCAAAAUAAUGGCUAGUUUUUGCGAAUAGAAAGUUUUUCUUUGGACCGGGUUUUAUAUUGCAAUAAAGCUGUGUAAUAAAUUAUUUUAGCUUACAUUAUAAUUACAACGGCUUAAAUAGUGUUUCCAUGGACAACAUAAACGUCAGUUUCUCUUUCAACAACUGCUUACUUUUAAAUAUGUACGUAAAAAUUCAUAGUUAACGUUUGUUUUAAGUAGAAAGGACGUUUAUGUUGUCGGUGAAAUUGAGUCGAAAUAUGAGUAGUUUUAACUACCAGGUUUUCUUUUAUAAUAUAGCGUGAGAGAUAUGAAAUUCACGAGAGAAUAACAAACGCACAAAUGUAACCUCCCUGAAAUAAUCAAAUAUGGCCCACAAUAUUAAACUCAAGUUUACUCUAAAUCUAAUUCUAAUCGAGGGAAUGAGAUAGAGAUUUCCUCAAUCCAAUUACAUUUUUGUAUCGGUCUAUACGCCAUAGCUCCUAAAAGAAUGAACCGAGUUGGAUGCAUUUUUUUUAGAUGAAAGCUAGUAUUCCAACGGUGGUUUUAACAGCCGUUUUUAAGUUCUUUGCUAUUUUUAUGAAUAUUUUUUUGUCCUUUAUUAUAAAACAAUAGAUUAGAAGCAUUUUAACCAGUGAGUUAUUUUAAUUAGUCCAAGUAAACAUAAGCUUUAGUUUUUAAAACGGAGAAUUAUCUCAUUAGUUAUAGUAUUUUAUUUAUACAUAAAUAUUUCUUAUUUAACUAUGUUUGAUAUGUGAAACAUUCAAUAGGGAAUUAAAUGUAUACUUUCAGGUAUAGGUAGUGCAAUUUGUAUUAUAGGUAAAAAUAAACUGCGUAUGGUUUUAACAAUAUUGUAAUAUGUACAGUCAACUUCAGGUCAGUGGUAACAGUUUUAUAGGAAAAUCAUACUUAUUACUAAUGAGUUUAAGGUGCAUGACAGUUACCACUGAUGUGCGGUCUACCGUACUAAUUUAAUGCUUACUAGUUAUUUUUCGUAUAAAACUUAUAUUUUGUUUGUAAGCUUGGCUGUUGAAAAAUUCUCAUCAACAAAUAUUAUUUUUUGUUAUACAUGAAUGAAUGUUUAUGGAGAAAUUAUUUACUUCGUUUACUAUUAUUUUAGAAAUAUUAUAUUCAUCACAAAAUCUUUUUUGGUGUACUUACUGUUACUUUGAAAUUAUACUAAAAACAAGCAAUUUUCAUUAUAAAAAGGCUAUAUCAUAAUACUGUCAUUUUUCGAGGUGCUGUCUCUAUUAACUUCAUACAGUAAUGUCGGAAACAGGUUAAGAAUAAUUUAAAAAUGUGUUUGAAUGCCAUAAAUCUGUUUAAUUUAACCAAUAGUUUGUUUGUAAGAAUAGUUAUAAAGUAUAACUGUUAGUUUUCUGUAUCUAUGUUAUUCAUAUUCCAUUGAUUAUAAUAGUAUGAGUAACCGAAUUAUUACAAUAGUUAUGGCAGUUUAUAUCACUCAGGGGCUUAAUUAUGCUAAUAUUACUUAAGCGACAUACGAUUGAUAGCCAACUAAGAUUCAAUCACGACUCAAUAACAAAUGAAGCAUAUUUGUUAUUAGUAUUUUUUUUUGUUUUAAAUAAACGUUUUAUCCUUUUAUGUGAUUUAAUAAUAUAAUGUAUCAUAUAGUCUGUAAAUGGGUUGGUUGCAAAAUGAUUUUAGAGCAGACUACCCUAUAGACCAAAUGGAAUGUCAUUGGAAAACAAUUGGUCUUAUAUUAGUAGCAGAAUUCCCGCUAAGGUUAAAACUGCUAUUGAGAUUCAAUUGAUAUUCUAUUAUCACAUAAUUAGCAGAAUUAAGCCCCAGUUCGCACGUAAUUGUGACAUUCCACUUGUACAUAAUGUACAGAUGUUAAACGUAUUGUUACACUAUGCCAGUAUUUUGUUUUAACAUGUAAAUAAAAAUAUCAUUGACA